UCGAAUAUGAUUUUCCUAAUACAAAACUUUUACGAAGUAUAUAAAUUAUGAAAUUUUCAAUAUAAUUAUCAAAACACUACAAAAAAACAGUUAACAUGAUUAUCAAACUCAACACGUACAAACUAAUAACCGGAGUCAUUGUCCAGGCCGCAGAAUAGUUACCAUAAUAUAACUCAUGUAAUCCGUAUUAUUUUCUUCCGAUAUUAGUGUUUUAAGUUUCUUGUUAUUAGUUGAUUCUUAGCCUAUGCUUAAUUUCAUUAAAAUUAUGUUAUUUUAUAGGUAUAUGGACCCAUUUAUUCGUGGGGACUACCCAGAAUCAAUGAAAAAGAAUGUGAAGGGGCUACCAGAAUUCACAAAAUCAGAAAAGGCACUAAUCAAAGGCGCCUAUGAUUAUAUCGGUAUCAAUUACUACACUUCAAGAUUCGUCGAACACACUUGUACUGUUGAUCCAAUGGCUGGCACUAUCACUAUCAAUAUCAACGAACGAAUUGCCGAUGAUGAGGGAAACCAAGUCGGUUUGCAAGCCAAAGGACAAGAUGGCAUUUAUGUCCGUCCAGAUGGACUCAAGAAUUUGCUCGUCUACGUUAAGGAAGAAUAUGGCAACCCUGAAGUCUAUGUUACUGAGAAUGGUAUUCCUGAUAAACCAACUAUCACAAGUUCAAUUCAGGAUCUAAUUGCACAAGGGAAAAAUGAAGAACUUUCGGCUGCUCUUGAUGAUUACUACAGAAUUGAGCAUACUCAAGAUCAUCUUAUAGCUGUUCGUGAAGUAAUCAGGGAGGGAGCCAACGUGAAAGGCUAUAUAGUAUGGACAUUGAUGGACAAUAUGGAAGUAGGAGCUGGUUAUGAUGUUCGCUUCGGUCUCAACUUUACAGAUUAUUUUGACAAUCACAAGAGAUAUCCUAAGAAAUCUGAUAAAUGGUAUGCUAAUUUCCUUAAUGCUGAUGGCACUAAGGAGGGCUCCUUGAAGUAAACCAAUACGAAUUGUGUAAAUUGAUUAUUCAUCAAGAUUUUAUAUAUAUAUGUGAAAUUUUAUUAUACUACGUAUAUAUGUGAAGUUUUAUUUGUACGGCUUAGGAGUCGUGGUGCAUUAUAGCAAAUACAAAUAAAGUUCAUUGUGACUUGUGAGCUGGGUUCCAUAAAUGUUUUAUGUUUGAUGAAUUUAUGACUUUAUGUACACGCGUUUUUAAUUCGAAUUAGCCUUUUGACCCAUUUGAUGCACGGGUUAUUACUUAGGUUAUUUUUCUUGAAAAGU